CUGUUAUUGAAGUUCACUGUGAACCGCAAUCGCAGCAGAGAAGGAAAACAAAUUUACCUUCAACGGGUCGCAUACGACAUCAAAAGCAUCUGUAUUUCAUUUAUUUAUCACUGCCGCAUAUCGUGUCCUGCACAGCCAAGAUCUACCGCUACGAUGGCCCAAAUAUCUUCUACCGAAAAGCCGCAGAUGCAGCAAAUCGACCUCAACACCCUGAAUCUUCAGCAGCUGACACAGUUAAAGAACCAACUAGACCAGGAGCUAACACUUUUUCAGGACUCGCUCAACACUAUGAAAAUGGCUCGGUCGAAGUACUCUGCAUCGAAGGAGGCAUUAGAACAUUUUAAACCUGAUUGGAAUGGAAAGCAAAUUAUGGUGCCGCUUACUGGGAGCAUGUACGUUCCGGGAACAAUUAAGGAUGCCAACAAUGUCAUAAUCGAAGUUGGCACUGGCUAUUACGUUGAAAAUGACGUCGAAAGCGCCAAAGCUUUCUUCAAACGACGUGUCGAGUAUGUGCAAACACAAAUGGAAAAGAUUGAGCAUCUGGGGAUGGAAAAAUCCAAAAUACGCGACGCUAUCCGCGAAGUGAUGGAGAUGAAGUUGGCCCAGUUUAGCAAAGAGAUGCAAAAGAAAAAGGAAACAGAGUAGUGCAUCACUAGUUUCCCCGUUUAUUUAAGUUGGUCCAUCCGCGCUCUUCUGCAAAUCCGUUCGUCAUAAGCAAGGCAGACAUUUAAAAGGAACUUCGUCGAUUUCACCUUAGAAAGACCAAGCUUUAUCUAUCUGUUCGGAAGUCGAUUGCGUUCUUCGUUGGCAGUCUUCUACACACGUACAUCUGAGGCCGUUUGUUUAACAUGCUGAAGGCUUCUUGCCGAUACUGCAUUUAAUCAAAAAUAAACCAACCAAACACAUUCGUAC